CAAGGGAAUCGUACGGUACGCUCCAGAGGCUUGUAACGAAAAAUAUAACAUAACAUAGCUGUGGCCCGUGAAGAAAUAGACCCUUGGCCUGUCGCCAAUUCUUGUACUUUUUGUGAUCAAACCAAAUUAGAUGGUAAGGGCGAAAAAUGGAGUGGACAAUAUGAUAAAAAAAAACAUAUAAUAAAGCAGAUUUUAUUCCUCGCAGAGAAAAACUUACGCAAGAAUCAAGUUCCAUUCAAGCCGCAAAAAUUAUAAAUUUUUUAUCAUGGAGCUUCUAGUAACAGAUGAUGGAUCGUUAGAAAAGUCCAAUUAUGCGCUUUGAUUAUUGUCGAUGAAAUAAUAAGUUCAUAUUUAGCAGAUAAAUCAAAAUUAUCUGCCUUCAAAGUAGCAUAAGUCUUUGAAAUGAGCAAUAUAACGAGCAUGAUGGCCAAUACGAACGAAUACAAUGAAAUCGGAGGCGUGUACAGCAGCAGACCGCGGCCAUUAGCGGUGGUGAGGAGGACCCUACGAAACUACAAGUGGGGCCUCGUGGUUGCCGCGGGAGCAAUCCUGGUGCUGAUAUUCGCCGGGAUCGUGGCGCUGCUGGUGGGUGGUUCCAGCGAUCCUGAGAAGACCUCCAUUUCAGCAGCGCCUAGACGCAAUACAGGAGGUCCCCACACAUCUAGGCGGCGCAUUGACGACUCCGUCAAAGCCUUGCUUAACUUAACGUGGCCGCGAAGAGAUGGUUCGUGGUAUCAUAGAAGAUGGGAUGCAGCACACCGCAAGACAACACCGGACGGCGUAACCCAGUCCUUCGAAGCUCAAACCCAGGUUCGUAGGAAGCGCCAAUCAUCUAAUGGGCCAGCUGAUGCUACCACAACGACGGACACGCGCUAUCAUGUGGGGGAUUUUAUUUUCGGAAGCACUAGAGUUCCUACAUCGACUUUAAAAUCAACGACUGUCAACAUUCAAGAGAACUUUACCUGGAAGGCGAACGAAAACGAUGCUCAGUCUACGACAGAUAGCGACGGAUCAACAUUUCCUCAGGGCGACACAUUCAACUGGAAUAGAAAUGUUGGCAGUGUGAAGAAGGCCUCGGAUAACGACAUACAGGACGCUCUAGCUCGAGGCACUGAGGCGGUGCAGCGGCAGGAGGAGGUGGCGAGAAAUCUAGCCUUGCGCGAUAUUCGGUUACGCGAGGGCAGCGCCUCUUACAGGCAUCAGACAAUGUUCCGAAGAACAUCACCCCGCGUGCGACAAAUGGCUGCUCAAGGGACAAGGAUGUCACACGCUACCGAGUAUCUCAGACGCAAGAUGAAUUUGAGCACUGAAGCAGUGACCAUGGAAGGCCGGUGGUUGGGUGAUGUUAGUCGGACUUCGUACUGCGAAUACGGAGCUGAACCAACUAACCAAGAAGACUUCACUAUUGAGUACGUGUCUCGCCGCCACAAUUCUGAUUCAGAAGAUGAUUUCGGGGUCCCAAAAACAGAUUUGAUGAUAGAAAAAACGGGUAACUCCCCCAAAAAUGGAGUGUUGACCGACGCAGCGUCAGGCAUGCGCAGGAUACACAAAGCCUGCAUUGGGCAGGAACGCUUCAGAACAACCGAUGGAUCCUGCAACAACCUGGAGCAUCCUAGGUGGGGUGCGGCCUUCACGCCCUACAGACGGGCGUUGCCGCCUCACUAUAGCGACGGAGUGUCGUCUCUCCGGACCUCGGUGUCAGGGGCGCCUCUGCCGAGUGCGCGUACUGUGAGCACCGUAGUGCACCUACGGCGCAGCGUCGCGUCUCGGUCGUACUCACACUUGGCUAUGGCGUGGGGACAGUUCAUCGACCAUGACAUCACCGCCACAGCUCAAAGCACUGGACACGAAGGUUCCAGCAUCAGCUGCUGCAGACCUGAAAUGAGAACCGCCCCCUGGCUACAGCACCCUGAGUGUCUCCCUGUCACACUCCCCUACAUCAACUCUUCCAAUGCUCCCUACUGCAUGGAAGUCCUCAGAUCAGCUCCGGCGCCCUCCUGUUUCUUCGGUCCUCGUGAGCAGCUGAAUCAACUGACGUCUUUCCUCGACGCUUCGGUUAUUUACGGGUCCGAGGAAGAGCAAGCUGCCGAGCUGCGGCUCAACAAGUUCGGGCUCCUCAAGACUCAGGUUACAGUGGAUGGUCGGGAGCUUCUGCCUCCAGAUCUGAGUAACACCUCGUGUAACACCGACGAGCAGACGCACUACCACCGCUUCUGCUUCAAAUCAGGAGACUCCCGCGUGAACGAACACAUCCUCCUGACGAGCUUGCACACGCUGCUGGUGCGGCACCACAACGGCCUGGCCACGCAACUCCGGGACCUGAAUCCUCACUGGGGCGACGAGCGACUCUUCCAGGAGACGCGGCGCAUCGUGGGGGCGCAGCUACAGCACAUCACCUAUCGCGAGUACAUCCCCAGCAUCAUCGGGCCGCAGCUGACGGAGGCGCUGCGGUUGAGUCCUGCGCCGUCAGGCUACUGGAGCGACUACGACGCCGGCCUCCACCCUGGCAUUGCUAACGAGUUCGCUGCCGCUGCAUAUAGGUUCGGUCACAGCAUGAUCGAGGGCCUGCUGCAGAGCAUCAGCGAAGACGGCCGUGAAGUUUCUUUCCAGCAGCUCAAGAAAUUCUUCUUCGCCCCGCACACAUUAUACGACGUGGGUGAACUUGGCUCCCGCGUUAGAGGCCUCGUGUCUCAAUCUGCCGCAGCCGUCGACGCAUACUUUACCUCACAGGUAACAGAGCAUUUGUUCGAGAGCGAAAACUCCGGUCCGGGACUAGAUCUCGUAGCGCUCAACAUCCAACGGGGUCGGGACCACGGCGUGGCGCCAUACACAAGAUGGCGAAUGUGGUGCGGGUUGCCGCCCGUGUCGAACUUUUCCGACCUGGCCCUUGACAUGGACAGCGGCACAUUAGAGCGCAUCACUUCUGUUUAUGAGAGCGUCGAUGACAUCGACUUGUACACUGGCGGUCUGGCCGAGCUGCCCGUGCCGGACGGGCUGGUGGGGCCAACCUUCGCCUGUAUUUUAGCGGAUCAGUUCCUGAGGCUGAAGAAGGCCGAUCGUUUUUGGUACGAGACGGACCAGCUGCCGCAGGCCUUCACUCCCAGCGAGUUGGAGGAGGUGCGCAAGAGUUCGCUGGCGGCGCUCUUGUGCCAGAACGUCGAGGGACUCGGCGCUGUGCAGCGCUGGCCUCUCAGGACCUUCGGGGAGGGCAACCCUCGCCUGCCGUGUACCUCGUCUGCAAUCCCCUCAGUUGAUCUGUCGCCCUGGGAGGAGGGGGACCUCUGACUACUGUAAUCAAGUAUAGCAUCACUCAGAAAAAUGAGUGGGUCACAUUGGCCAAGUAGUGAUACACUUGAAGCAAGUAGCUCUGGCAGAGAGCGGACGAACCGACGCGCCUUUUUGUCGGGUCAAACAAAAUCAGGCUGACCCACACAUCAGGGGCAAAAAGUGCAUCGCUUUUUUGGACAACAUCGCACUCAUUUCUCUGAGCGCCAACAAAUAAUAAAUAAGUUUGAUCUACCGAAUUUUCGACGUUUCUGUGCCCGUCAUGUGCAGUAGUUCAGCUCCUGCUCCUCCAGCCUAUCAGGAUUGCAAUUGAAAUUCAAAGUUGAAAUUCUCCAGUUAAUUAUAAGCAAUCGUCAUUUGGUGAGUCGCUUGCUCUUUAGAUAACCCACACAAAAAGUUUUCCCAGAAGCAUAAUUACAAUAUGAAGUCGUAGAACCAUGAUCAAGAGUCUUCUUAAAUUUGUUCAUGGAACUAUGCGGACAGUUAUCAAGGUGAUAGAAGAAACAAAGAACGUUUCAAAUUAUAGUU